AGAACACAGCUCUAUCGUCGUUUUCGUGCAUGGGAGCUUUCGACGACGGAUCUGGGACAGCUCGCUAGCCCUGAAGGGGGGAUUGCCACAUCACCACAACCAUGUCAUCGGCCGCGGAGGACUUUUCCAGCGUGGACCUGUUUCCAGGCACCAUGACGGUGUACGGAGCGUGCAGGCCGGUGAGCUCGUACGAGCGGCUGAACCGGAUAGGGGAGGGAGCCUACGGCACCGUCUAUCGAGCCGUCGACAAGCAGACCAAUAGCAUUGUAGCUCUGAAGAAGGUAAUCCUGCACAACGAGAAGCAGGAUGGGUUCCCCCUCACAUCUCUGCGGGAGAUCCAGCUCCUGAAGCGGAUCUCCCACCCCAGCUGCGUCCGCCUGCUGGACGUUGCCGUGGGGCGGAGGCGGGAGAUGGUGUUCCUGGUGUUCGAGUACUGCGAGCACGACCUGGCCGGCCUCCUCGACUCCACCAAGAAGCCCUUCUCCGAGUCGGACAUCAAGUGCAUCAUGCUCCAGCUGCUGGACGCGAUCGAGUACCUCCACAGCCGGUGGAUCAUUCAUCGGGACCUCAAGAUGUCCAACCUGCUGUAUAACAACCAGGGCCAGCUCAAACUUGCCGAUUUCGGGCUUGCGAGAACUUUCGGGCACCCCGUUCAGCCCAUGACUCCGAAGGUGGUUACGCUUUGGUAUCGGUGUCCGGAGCUGCUGCUGGGGUGCGACACGUACUCGACGGCGGUAGACCUGUGGGCCGCGGGGUGCAUCCUCGGCGAGCUGCUGCUGGGCAAGCCCCUGAUGCCGGGGAAGACGGACCUCGAUCAGGUUCACAAGAUUUUCAAGCUGCUGGGUGCCCCCAGCGAGCGAAUCUGGCCUUCCCUGCUGGACUUGCCCAACGUCCGAUCGGGCAAGAUUGACGUGCUCGGGGUUUCGCACCGGUACAACACUCUCGGGGCUUUGCUCCCUCACGUCGGCAAGGAAGGGGUUGACCUCCUCAACGAGAUGCUCACCUAUGACCCAGACAAGAGAUUAUCGGCGAGACAAGCCCUGCGGCACCAGUACUUCUUGAACAAGCCCUUGCCAAAGAGCAAGGACGUCAUGCCCACCUUCCCCACCCGACAUGGACCGGAGCCGGCAAAACUGAAGAUGUCCUCCAAGGGGCUGGAGGCCUCAUCCUCCUCUUCUUGGGCAAUGGGCGCGAGCAAGCGCAAGAGCAGCAGCAACAGCGCUAGCCGCAGCGGGAGAAGAGGAGACGGCGUGCUUCCGGCGGCGAGUGGAGAGGGACGACCAGCCGCGGUAGCCACGCUUACCUCCGCCAGCUCUUCUUCGGGUGCUGCUGCUGCUGCUGCCGCUGCCGCUGCCGCUGCCGCUGCCGCUGCUUCCGGCAGCAGCGGAGGCGCUAACGACGGCAACGGCAGCGCUACCGCAGCCGGGGGGGCACGCAGAGAAUACGCGGAAGAGUUGCGGAGAGGUGACGGCGAAGGCACUAGUAGUAGCAGAAGAGCUGCGGGGGGAGGGGGCAACGAGGAUUCGGUCCCCCUCAAGAAGCCGAGAAGAUAGCAACAAACGAAAUCAGAACAAUUAAAUCGAACAACAAAAGAGCGUGUGUUGGACGGACGGACAGGCUUUUUUCCCCUCUGUUUUUGUCGCCAAUCUUCUCUCCCCUUCCUCUUCGUAUCAUUCCAAGGGGCCUACAG